UCGUUUGCUCGAGCGACGGGGCCAGCGACGUGGAGAUGUUCGCGUUCAGCGAAGCGACGCCGGACUCCGUGGACGCGUCCUUCGACCUGGUCAUCGGCCACCUGGAGGAAAUCAUCAUGGACGGAGGCUUCCAGGAGAUGCAGCGUAGAUUCAUGGACGAGAACUACCGCGAGUUUGAGGACACGGAGGAGAACAAACUCAGCUACACACAGAUCUUCCACCAAUACAUGGAGCUCAUUGAGGGCUACAUUACCGCUCAGCUGAGUGCGCGAUUGCCUGGGUUCAGCAUGGCUACAUUCGUGCAGUCCCUCCCGGAGCACAAGGAGGAGAUGACAGGAGACAUCUUUGAUCUCUUGCUCACAUUCAGCGACUUCCUCGCGUUCAAGGACAUGUUUCUGGAUUACCGCGCG